AUGGCCUUUGCAGAAAUCGUCAACUCUCUCUGUUUACCGAUCAUGUUCGUCUGGCAGUAUGAAAAAGGACACAAGAAUGUUGUCAUCCACGAUAUCUGGUGCGUAGACAAUCCCAUCCAAGUUAUUUCAUUGAUGGUAGUAACUUAUUCGCUGGCAGCGCUCGCAUUCUACCGCUACCGAGUACUCAUCAACCCCAUACAAAAUUAUGUAUCUGGGAAAUUGAAGACUGUGAUCUUUUCCUGUUUGUGGCUUCUCCCUACUGCUGUCUGUGUGCCCAUAUUCAUUCGAAACAGGUUCGUAGGUGGCCAUUGUGAAUUGCAUCCUUUUGGGAAUGUCUAUGCCUAUUCUCUCGUGUUAUUCACCCUGAAUUAUGUCCUACCCUACCUGGUCAUGCUAGCAUCUUACGGAGCGGUAGCGUGGAACCUAAGACAGCGAAUCGGCCAAAACACUUUCUAUGCUCGCAGUAACUCGAUCACCCCUUCCUCAGUUGCACCCCUAGAACUCCACACCAACUAUCGGAGGAGAGAAACUACGACGCCAGAAGAACACCGACCAGGCCUAGUCUUAAUAGAUGUGAAUAACCGUAGAUGCACCAAGCCAGAAAACACCACUGACGCCGAGCAAGAUUUACUGAAGAUGAUAUUUGCGAUAAUUCUAAUAUUUGUGAUUUGUUAUUUCCCAUAUCAAGCCGUGUUUUUGUGGGAAAGUUUAGCUGAUGUAAACGAGUGGAAAUUUCGGUAUCAUAGCCUAAUGCGAAGGUAUAGUUUUAUAUUAAUUUGUUUGCCAAGUGCUUUGCAUCCUGUGUGUUACGGAACAAUGAACAGCUUUUAUGCUAAGGCAUUCUCUAAGAUGUUUCUUUGCAAAUCCUAA